CGCCUCUCGCUCGAUCGAGAAAAAUAUCAUCGGCAGCUCAACACCUGCCCAAGUAUCUCCAAUGAGGGCGACCUCGGUAGACUUACAGAGGAACCAGACUUCGGGAGGUUGAGGCCUCCCCACUUCCACACGCAAGGAUGAUGCCCAUGGUAAGAGUCUAGGACUCCUUCGUCAAACUUGUGCUCAUUCUCGCGCAGACUCAUUAUGGUUUCGACCACUGGAUGAGCACUUCCGAUGUCACCAAAGCGUACGAGUUCCACCCUUUCUCGCCCUCUCAGCUUUGCAGGAUGUACUUUUGACAAAAUGGGAAUCUCUCUGAACUUUCUUGAAGAGACGAAUAUUGUUUUGCUUUCUGAAAAUUUCCAGAAAAAUGGCACACACUCUUUAAGUCAAGUUUGGAGGUCACCACUGAUAAUUGGCGCAAACAGUGAUAUAAACAAACUGAUCAUGGACUAUUUGAUCACGGAAGGCUACCCAUCAGCUGCUCGGAAGUUCGCCGCCGAAGCCAACAUCCAGCAAAAAGCAGACUUGACAGCUAUCGAAGAGAGAGUACGGAUCAGAGAUUCCAUUCACCGCGGAGACAUGCAGCACGCUAUCGAGCUGAUCAACGACCUCAACCCAGAACUCCUAGACACCGACAAGAAGCUUCAUUUCUCGCUUCUGCGUCUACAACUAGUCGAGCUUAUCCGUCUCAGUUUCAACUCUCCUGAUCAAGCACUUGUUGGAAAUGCAAUCGAAUUUGCCAUGCACAACCUUUCACCAUACGUACCACUCGAUCCACAGUUCAAGAUUGACUUGGAGCGAGCAAUGGCUUUGCUAAUAGUCCCGAAAGAGUCAUGGGUCAAGGCAGCAGCGGCCCCAACCACGGCCCAAGCCAAUAAUGAUUUUGGCGUUCUUGCCGAGCUAGUCGAUCCCUCUUUACGACAGAAGGUCGCCAAGGACGUUAACGAAGCCAUCUUACAGUCUCAAGAUCAGAAGCGGGAGGCCAACAUCCGCUACCUGGUGAAAGUGCGUACUUGGGCUGAACGAGUUGCCCGGGAAAAGAGGCUUCAGAUACCAGAAAAGUUGCCUUUCGAUGCUGAUGCUGAGAAGCCCGCAGAGGACGAUCAGAAUGAAGACAAUGGUGACACUGAGAUGACUGAGAAUGGUGGCACUGAAGAGCCCAACGGUGGUGGCGAUGCCGAGUUGGCUCGCUACACGAACAUCCCGUCUUGAGAGACUUUUGAACACAAUAAGGCCUCCCAUAGACAUCUUCACCUAUGCACGACGAAGAAACCUGUAAGAUUCGAGGGGCAGGCGAAGAUGGGUAAUUGCAACGGUGUCGUGUUGGGAACUCGUUGCACCUAUACUCCGCAUGCCAUUGCGAGCUCCACGUUUGGACACGAUUUUAUGAUAUGAUUGUCACAUUAGCGAAGGCGUUGGUUGUUACAUUCGUUAGCAGAGUACAAUGUCUUUACACCUCAUUUCAUGAUGCCAAAUCUUAUGUGCUAUUGUACUCGGUACCGGAUGUGCGUUUUUAAACCAGAGUCCCGUAAUAUCCUGUCAUUGCUACUCGUAGUAAUAAUUAAAGUUGGACCGCCUCCAACGCCAUGC